AACGGAUGGUUUAUGUCGUGCCUGGUUGCUUAUAUCCAACUGUCGCCAACAGUAACAAUGCCACUGUCUGGUGCUCUCUGCCAGUCCAGACUCGGAUGGCCUAUGGUGUUUUAUGUUCACGGCGUUCUGUCAUUGCUUUUGUUCAUCAUCUACGGCUUCUUUUAUCGCAAUAAUCCUAGCAAGCAUCCGAUGGUGAGUACAGCCGAAAUGCGCAAAAUCUCCGCUGGCAAAUCAACUCUGAAGUACGUUUUGCAUGCUUCAUUUCGCACAAUCAGAUGCGUAGAAUAUGAUAAAAAAGGAACACAGUUCAUUAUACUAAAAGUCAAAACCUCAACUACAUUCACCCCGUCUAAGAUGUGA